CUUCUUCUCUCCAACACUAUCAACCUAAACACUCCGCUCUUUCAACCGCAAACAUGCUUGCCAACACUGUUCUCGCGCUCUCUUUCCUGCCCCUUACCUUUGCCCAUUUCAAUCUCAACUUCCCUCCCACGCGUGGAUUUGACGAUGACAAGGAGGGUACAUUCCCCUGUGGAACCUUUGACGACGUCUCGAAGAACCGCACCGACUUUCCCAUCAGCGGUGGCCCCAUCCAGCUGACCCUGGGUCACCCACAAACCAAUGUGGCAGUAUACAUGGCCAUUGGCGACAACCCAGGAAGUGGCUUCAGCAUCGUUGCAAAGAAGCAGUUCAUGGUUGAGGGUCUCGGUGACUUUUGCAUGGGCUCGGUCGCCGUCCCAGAAGGCGUGAACGUCACGUCUGGCACAAAGGCAACUAUCCAAGUCAUUACCAAUGCGCACGGCGAGGGUGGCCUAUACCAGUGCACCGAUGUGACCUUGGUUAGCAAGCAGCUCAGCCAGUCUGAGUUUAGUAGCAACUGCAAGAACAACACCGGUGUCAAGGUGACCCAAGAGAACAUUUCCGGUAACCCCAACGGAACGUCUACGAGCACCGGGCCAAGCACUUCUACCAGUGCCAGUGGCCAGGGAUCGUCGCCUAAAGCGACUGGCGCUGCGUCACAAGCCAAGGCCGCCUCAUGGGUUUUGGGUGCUGUUGGUCUUGCUGGAAUUGCCAUGCUUUGAGUAGAGCUCUUGGAAUAGAUUGCGUUGAUACCAUGCCGAGAGAACCUCUGUAUACAUGGCGUCUUUGGGCGUACGGCUAUUACAUCCUUUUAAUACACUUCCUUGUAACCAA